AUGGGGGUGAGGCCAGCUCAGGUGAAGAACUCGACUCCGGUGCUGCCAGGUUUCGAUAGCCGGAGUGCCAAUGGGAGAGCAGCAUUUCUCAACAGCGACCCGCACCCUGUCCCUCCUCUCCCUCUGGGCAGACCACGCGAUCGUUCUUGGGCCUUACCCCACACUUUUGCCCUCCUUCCUUUCCGGUCAUCUUCCCCAGAAUUUUGCCAUUUCAGCCGGCGGGGCUUCUCAUCGUUCUCUCCGUUCCCCGCCCCCGACCAACUCCGCAGCUACGCAUUCAUGAUCAACGAGAAGGAAGAAGGCACCUCCCGACUAUCAGCACCCAGCAUGAGCAGCGGGCCCAGCAGCGGCACGUCAGGGUCGGCGACACCGAGCAUACCACCCACUCCGGGUGAUGAGAAUGGCAUCCAUUUCACCCCGAAACGUGCUAUGAUGUCCUUCGAGAACCUAGUCGCGCUGGCAAACCACCAGGAGAGACUAAAGGAGGCGAGGAAGAUGGUGUGGAGAGACAAAGGACAGCCAGUUGUCGAGCUAGACACACUUGAGGCAUGUUUGGCCCAUGCCAUGUCCGGAGGGUUUCGAGCUGCGACUUUAGCAUUUAAUAUUCGUGCAUCCGUAAACUUGGUGCUCGCCCUCAUUCGUAUACCCCGAGUCCCCAAGGACUACCGCUUUGCCAUGAUCCGUCAUGCGCUCUUCGGAACCGACACCUGGAGAUUCGCAGCUAUGCUUGGCACAUUCGCAUCCCUUUAUAAAUUCCUCAUCAAUGCCCUGCCCAUUCUCAUCCCGGCCUUGAACCCACAACAAACUCCUUCAGCUCUGCAAGACGAUUCCGAUGAGUCUGACGAUUUAGAAGCCCAGACUGGGUUGAAAGUUCCGUUACAGAAGCGCAAAGCCCGGAUGUCGUUGACGGCUCGUGCGCAAAUGGUGCUCAUCAGGAAGCAGACGCGGAGAUGGCAUGCUGCGUUAGCCGGUGCUGUUGCAGGAAGUUUUGCCAUCAUGUGGGAGACGAGGAGCAGGAGAGGGGUUAUUGCUCAGCAAUUAUUUGUUCGUGGUCUGCAGGGUUCGUGGAAUGCCUACACAACGAAGAGGAAUAUUCGCGUGCCGAAUGGCGACGUGCUUGUCUUUUCCCUGGCUUGUGGUCAGAUCCUUUACGCAUGGCUGCUUCGACCAGAUACUUUACCUCGAUCAUAUUCAAGCUGGAUUAGCCAGGCUUCCAAAGUUCCUCCGGAAUGUGUACGAAUGAAUCACGACCUCGUUCGUGACGGCGUGCUCAACGUAGCCGACGUCGACUCACUCGUCCGCCGAGCAGAUAUCACACCUUCCAACAAGACCGACCUUCUCGCCCUCCGAAAUGCCUUCCUCAACCCCCUACCCAAGGAUGCAUCAGGCGUAGCACCUUAUUUCCCUCUGUAUGGUCCGUGUUCUGCUGUGCAUCCAGCCCUUUCCUCCUGCGCCGAUGUCCCACUCGACCGGUUCUUUGCGGUGUUUAAGUGGAUGCUGCCCAUUUAUGGAGCAUUGCAUUUCAUUCCUGCGGUGUUGUUUAAGCGGAAGGCUUUCGUGCAGGACCCGGGCAAGAUGCUCAUCAAGGCGAGCCUGGGCAGUAUGAGGAGUUCAGCGUUCUUGGGGGUGUUCGUUAUCAUUUAUCAAACACUCUACUGCUACAAACACCAUCUGCACAAAUUCCUCACCCUGCUGCGCACAGGGGCCCGUCCUUCCACCCUAUUCACGUCGCCCCUCGCAAGCAUCCCGCCAUGGGUGACGGACCUUCUCAUCUCGAAGUUCUCGUUCUGGCUACCCGGGUUUGCAGCCGGCUUGUCACUGUUCGUCGAGGAGAAAAGGCGCAGAGGCGAGUUGGCGAUGUACGUCCUGCCAAAGGGGCUGGAGAGCAUUUGGGUUAUGGCGAGGGGUAAGGGGUGGGUGUUUAGGACGGGCAAGUGGGGCGAGACGAUCUUGACGGCGUUGGGUAUGGCUAUGGUUAUGAGCACGUACCAAAAUGACCCGCAACACCUGUCCGGACUCGUGAGGAGGAUUAUGUACCAGUUCAUUGGGCCGAACUGA